CUGUCAUGCAGAGGAUGGAGCCGGUUGCCUUGGUAACUUGAAGUGUUUUGCUCUUGGCACCAUAGGGGAAGUGUACUGAGGAACAUUAUUUCUCAUUCUGUUAAAGUCACGUGAAAUCAAAAUUGACAGUUCUUUUUUUUUAUGGAAUAUUGCAGUCUUAUUAUAAAUGUUUUAAUAGUACACAUCAUUAUUAUUUUUUAAUUCAUAUGCCCUUGUAUUCUUUAAUCAAAAUAACUUCCCCUCCUCUUCCAGCUCAUCUCAUCUCUGAUGUGUUUACUGCCGUGAGCGAGGGUGGGGCAACCUGUCAAUCACAUGACAGGUCACAGCAACAGCAAACCACAAACAUCUAAUCAAUUCCCAAUGGACAAAAUCAAGUCCCGCUUUAUAUUUUUUCUUGUUUGAGAAGCCGUUUCACAUCACAAUAGAACACAUCGCAAUUUCUGUUUCAUUCUGACGUUAAUCAUUCUGGAUAUCAUUUAGCAAUAUCAUUCAUUAUCCUAUUACCUAAAAAAAAACAAGUAGCAAGUAUAUUCUAUUAUGUUAUUAACACAAUGUGUAUACAUCACACAUUAUUUUGUUUUCUGUUCAGUUUUGUCCUUUGUUGGUUAUUGGUUGUGAUUAAUGUGAUUGUUGUUCUCCAUUUCUGUUGUGGACGCUGUAUACAGCCACAUAGCCUAACGUUACAGUCGCAGCAACUUUUUAACUUUUUUGAUUUAUUACUACAUCCCCUGUUGAAAAAACCAGCAUAUGCUGGUUAGGUAUGUUUUGAAGCAUGGCAGCUGGUUUGAGCUGGUUCAAGCUGGUCCUUAGUUGGUCAUGAGCUGGUUUAAGCUGGUCAAGUGCUGGUCCUAAGCAACUAGGUCCAGCUCAGAACCAGCUUAUUCGGUUGUUAAGUCUGACGUCACGCGGCAGCGCUUCCGGGUCCAAACGCUCUAUCUCGUAACACAAGAAAACAACAAACUGUGUUAAUAUACAAACACGAUGUGGUGUAAUACUAUCAAAAAAUAAUAAUCAUAACCUUUAUCUCCAUACCAAAAUCCCAGAUGGCCAGACAGCGAUUCAUCUUCAGUCGUCAGGUGUGUCCAUAUUCAUACAUGCACCAGACACUGACUUUCAGUGGACAACAUAUCAUUUGAUAAGAAAUAAACAAAAAUUAAUUGUAGAACAAAUUAAAAUAACACAGUAGUCUCUUUUUCUUAAGCAAAAUGCAUACAAAUUAUAUUUCUCGUUUAUUUACAUUUUGAAUUAAUAUCUUCAUGGAUACCACGUUUCUUCAGGAUUCUUUGAUUAAUAGAAAGUACAUUUUUAGAAAAUAAAUGAAUAGUAGACUACAUUUUUAAAAGAACUCACUACCAUCUGCUGGUGAAUUUAAAAUAAAGUCCAAAUGGCGCCAUCUAGUGCCGCAGUGGGAUUCUCGUAAAUCAGUUUUUUCCACUCCGUUUCUACUAUGCAUCAGCAAAAUGCAAAACAAAGACGGAGCCAUUUGGAAAAGUAGACUUUUCAGGUGUUGUGAAAUUAGUGAAAGAGUCAUUACACGGCAGGGAGGAAGAAUAUGAGUUUUAAUUCCACAUUAAUUAAACGUUUAACUAUGCCAAAAAACAUUACUGGUGUGCAACUUGAGACACAACAAUGGCAGUGACAUAUUUUAGGAUAUGUCAGCACAAGUUGCUUUCAGUUAAAACAGCUCAAACAUGCAAUUUAGUCUGGAACUAGACUUAAAUCUUGUCUGUGAAAUCAGGGGAAAGUGUUCUUUUGAUACUUUAUUAUUGUUUUGCUUAGACCAAUGACUGUAGCUAAAUUUACACUUGCCUAAAAAUAAAUUUAGGUGACCUAUUACCCAGUAGCUGCCUUUGCUAUGUUACCUGUUUCACUUGAAAUGGGCCUUGCAGCCUAAGCUCGAAAAAGAGCCCCACCCCCGCCAUCAAGGCGGGCACUUACUGGGGUAGGAAAAUAAUGAGGGCCUUGAAGCAAAAAUGUCACCAUAAUUAAUAAGUAUUGCACCCAAAAUUCAAGAUAUGGUGCAAAAAAUGUCUCUAUAAGUUCUUGUUUUUAAUAUUCAGCAAUAUCACAUGAGCAAAAGUGCUGUUUUCACGAAUUUGUAAAUGUAAUAUUGAUUCUAUACAACAGUUUAAUAAACAAUAGGUUCAUAUUAGGUCACUUACAUAUUAGACACAAAUACAAUAUUGUCAGUUUUUUCCUCUGUUUUGCCAACGGAAAUAGCUUUAAAAGUAGAGUUGUUGUACAGCUCCGAGCAACAAAGUUUCAUUACUGAAUGAAUCCGAGUUUUUGGACAAAUCUGUAUAUAAAGACUCGAUGACUCACUCUCACUUGCUUAGUCCCUGAAUGAAUCAGUCGUUUUGAAAGAAUCGUUUGACUGAAUGAUUUAAUGACUCGUUUUAACAAUGAUUUGCCAUUAUCUACUGGCGGUUUUAAUGUAAUUUCAUUUUAGCUGAGGGGCUGAGAAAGAGACGAAGAUUGAAUGCUGUUUUUGUUUUCAUGAUUGUAACAAUAGUUCUGGGUAAAGCGAUAGAAUGUGUUUAUAAAUAGACUAUUAAGAGUGAAAUAUGACAUAGCAUUGUUAAAUAUAACAAGUAACUGCAGUUGCUACGGCAAUUUGUCUGUUCAAUAAAAUACCUUAUUCACCCGUUGAGUGAUAAAUGCCAUCUCCGCGUCACUUUUACAACAUUUCCAAUCCUUCAGUUCUUGUUAUCUCAGAAAAGCCAAUGUUGAUUCUCAUUUUAUUACGAGCUCUGUCACGUUCUCUUUUUUUGCCAGCAGACUCUCCUCUGUCCGCCGUUUUUUUUUUUUUUUUACAGGAUGAUUCCCUGUGGACUGAGAUUUAGCGGCUCCAUGUCAACCUUUCUCGCUCUUGUGACAACUAUGCCACUCCCACUCCAAACAAACAUCAAAGUAGCCGGAGCAACUUUUCUCUAUUUAUGGAUAUGACGACACAUGCACGCGCGAGUGACGUAUGUACACAAUUUUCCUGCGAAAACCAUCCUGACAGGUUAUAGCAGGCUUACCAUAGUGAAUUAAGGUCUCAAACCAGUAAAAGCACCCAAACAGAUUAUCAAGCUACGUUUGGUAAGAGAAAAAAAAAAAAAACUUUUAUCAUACCAUGAUGUGGCGUUAGAUGUUUGUGAGCAUACUUGAAAUAAGUCUACUAAUGCUGUAUGACUUAAUCUUUUAAAGAUUAGCUAGUACAACACUAAUCUGUGAUGUUUCUUUUGACCAUUGACUUAAACAACUUGUGUAUUUUAAAAUUCUUCACCCUCGAAUUAUUUAUUAUCUGCUUCCUUUAUUCUUUUCUGAGAACAUUGGAUCCAACAUUGCAGAAGAUCUAGCAUGUUUUACCAGAACCACAGUCCUGAUGUUGUAAGAAGAGGGAAUGGCAUGGAGUAUUACAGCAAUGGAUUUUGUAGCAGGAGCAAUGAAGAGAAGACGAUCAAGGUCACCCUGCUUGGCUAUAAGGUUAUGGAGGAAAAGACAAAGUUCACAGUCUACAAGAUCUUAGUGAGGCGAGCACCUGACGAGAGCUGGCACAUUUUUAGAAGAUACACAGACUUCUCUCGACUGCAUGACAAGCUGAGGGAGAUAUUUCCUGUGUUUAAAUUCAUCCUACCACCCAAGCGUUGGUUCAAGAACUUCAAUUCUGAAUUUCUAGAAGAGAGGCAGCUGGGCCUACAAGACUUUCUACAGCACCUAGUUGCACAAAAAGACAUGAGAAAUAGUGAGGCUGUCAGAGAAUUCUUAUGUCUGGAUGACCCACCUACUGCUUUUGGCGAUGUUAGAGAGAGAUGGGCCUUCUGUGAUACACUGGAAGGGACCAACUGUUGCCCUCAGAGAGAUUUAAUGGACGACAGGAGAGAGACUGAGUUCCUGAGAAAUGUUCUGCUGCACAAAGGGCUCCAAAUUAGCCAGCCUGAGAGAACAAAAAAAAUCCAAGAGGAGCUGAACAAAGAGACAGGAGACUUUUUAACAGAGCAGGAAUAUAAAGAAGUGGAGAGAGACAAAGUCAGGAGACCAAAUAAAAGUUCUGAACUGCAGUUCAUAAGGAGUCAUGGAGCGUGUUGGUGUGGAUCAGCAACUGACAUCCCUGAAAAGCACACUUCUGGAGAACCAUUCCAAGAGCUCCAUUAAAUAAAUUAAAAGAAAGGAAAACAAUAGUAAAUACAGGGCACUUUCUUCAAAAUGUCUCUGUUUGUUCUUAGUCCAUAUUAAAAGCAUAUCUGUUGUGUUUAUUUAGGAUGAAUCAAAAACGCUUGGUGCCAUAAAAAUGAUUUGGAGCACAAACACUUUUAAUGACUCAACUGAAAGAUGUUGUUAAAAAGGUUUAAUGAUGUGUGAGAGUUUGAGGGAUUCUAUCAGUUUAUAGGGAUUUUAUAGGACAUCUGUGUCAAACUCACACUAGACUAGCAGCCAAUGAUACAACGUCACAAUUUUGUUUGCAUUCUCUGUUCUAGAGACAUUACUUAAGAUUUUUGACUUCUGUUUUGGAUUACUCUGAUUAUGAACAUUUGGAAAUUGUCUUUGUGAUUUGGAUUGCGAAGUAAAUUGAUACACCCAGAUUCUUCUGAUUCAUCCAAGAGACAUGAUCGCAGAUGGGUCAUCAAGCCAGAAAUUGUAAAACAUCUUGGAAAAAGAAAUGAGAGGGUGGGGUGGAGUGCGGGAGUGGGAUACUUCCACAUAAGAAUUAUCUGAAUGUUUUAUUCAUACAUGUAUUGUUCAUGGUAAAGAUUGUUUUUUUAUCACAUAUUUAAUAAUUUAAUCAUCUGUUCUAGUACAACUGGUUCCUCACAGCUCUUACCAGCUGGCCUCUGUUACACUAGUAUGUCUCUCCACACAACAUGUAGAAACCAGCAAGAUCUUUCUGAUGAAGCUGGUUUAGCUAGUUAAACCUGUUUGGGACACCAUGCAUCAACAUGAAAUUGCCACCAUUAAAUAGAAACAAAAAAUA